GCAACACUGUGAAGCGUUUGUUUACAUAGAGUAUUUCAAACAACAAGAUGCUGGCUGAUACAAAAUUCAUGAAACUCCAAAAUUUAAGCUGUGCAUAGAGUUUAAGGAUACUUGCAAGUUAUUAAAAACACCACGUCACAUAAGAAACCAACCAGCGCUUUAUUAUAAAAGUAAUAAAGGAAGCAAGAUGAAAUUGCCCAGUAAAAAGUUGUUGGAGAGAAUCGUCCAACGUCACACAGGCAGGAGGAGGAGGAUCUCUAAGGAAGCAUCUUCAUUAAUAUUUCUACAUCAUGUCAUAUUUAUGAAAAAGUUAGCCAAGGCAUGUGACAAUGUUGCCUUCAGGCAGCGAAAAAUGCAGAUAACAGAAGAGGAUGUUGAGAUGGUUUCCCCAAGAUUGCUGACCACAUUUUGUGAAGGUGAAAAAAUUAGAUUGAGGGCUCAAAAGUCUGCGUCUUCGAGGAAAAGAACAAAGAGCACUAAUGCGUCAUGGGAUGUUACCUCUAAUGAUGAUGAUGAUGAUGAUGAUGAUGAUGAUGAUAAGGAUGAUGAUGAAGCAGAUGAACCUGAAGAAAUCUCAGAGGGUGAUGAAACAGAGGAUGAUGAAAGAGAAGAUGAUGAAAGAGAAAAUGUGAAUAGAGGAUUUUAGAAAGGUGUACUGUAUGUAGAACAAUUUAUAUAAGGUGAGGUUUUUGUUUUCUUUUGAGCAGCUUAACGAGAUUUAAUUUCUCUUAUGGGAACCAUUGAAGUUCAUUUCAUAUUUUUCUUAGAUCAUAUAAAAACUCUAAGGUUGCUUGAAACAGUAAGAUGAAAAUAAUAAUAAUGUUAAGAAUAUACUGUAAUUCAGUACAAUGGAUGUAGUUUUGAUAACAGAAAAUUAAUGGUUAAUAGAUGAAUGCAUUAUAGGUGUGAUUUAAUUUUUAUAUUGAAAGGCUUAGUUUUAAAUACAUUUUGCAGAAUAUCAAAUUGUCUUCUUUUGCAAGAGACUCCCACCCAAGAUUCCACUUGGUUUGCUGAAAAUUAACAUUGUAUGAGGUUACCAAUUAAAGAAAUAAAGCUUAUAAAUGGUUA